CCUCCUCACCUUGCCAGCCCCCGGAGAGUAGUAAAAAAUAAAAUAAAAAAAUAAAAAAAUAAAGACUCCUUAGGCUCCAGCGACCCCUCGGUGACUCAAACCCCCCUUCCUAUCUGCCGGUGUUCGCCGGGUUCGCUGCAUCAGCCAUGGCCUCCCAACCUAUCAACAAAGCCAUUUCCAAAAUUGACCUGGAUGGCCACGACCUCCCUCCCUCGCCGGCACCCUCGAGCCCGUCUGCCGGCCGUCGACGAUACGCCCUAGCCACUGAGCUUGUGUACACCGAGACCAAGGACCAGUAUGGGGCGUCGAGCAUUCCCAUCUAUCAAUCCGCUACCUUCAAGCAGGCCUCGUCCAACGGUGGUAGCGAAUAUGACUACACGCGGUCGGGUAACCCGACGCGGACACACUUAGAGCGCCAUAUGGCCAAGAUCAUGAAUGCCAGUCGUGCCCUUGCUAUCAGCUCGGGCAUGGGCGCCUUAGACGUUAUCACCAGGCUGCUGCGGCCCGGGGAUGAGGUGAUCACGGGCGACGAUCUCUACGGCGGCACCAACCGGCUACUUACAUAUCUGUCGUCGAAUCAAGGCAUUAUCGUUCACCAUGUGGAUACCACCGACGUCGAAAAGGUGCGAGGAGCCAUAUCGGACAAGACCGCCAUGGUGCUCCUCGAGACCCCAACCAACCCCUUAAUCAAGAUUGUGGACAUCCCGUCCAUCGCCAAGUCCACCCAUGAUGCCAACCCGAAGGCCCUCGUCAUUGUUGACAACACCAUGCUGUCCCCCAUGCUCUGCAAUCCGCUCGAGCUCGGCGCUGAUAUCGUCUACGAAUCGGGGACUAAGUAUUUAUCUGGUCACCACGACAUUAUGGCAGGCAUCAUCGCAUGCAAUGACACCGCUCUUGGCGACAAGCUGUACUUCACCAUCAACGCGACCGGCUGCGGCCUGUCUCCGAACGAUUCGUUCCUCCUCAUGAGGGGAAUCAAGACAUUAGCCAUUCGCAUGGAGAAGCAGCAAGCGAAUGCACAAGCCAUCGCCGAGUUCCUUGAAUCCCACGGUUUCCGUGUACGUUACCCCGGCCUAAAAUCCCACCCGCAGUACGACCUCCACUGGUCUAUCGCUCGAGGUGCCGGCGCAGUCCUUUCGUUUGAAACCGGCGACAUUGCCUUGUCCGAGAGGAUCGUCGAGGCUGCGAAGCUAUACGGGAUCAGCGUAAGCUUCGGGUGUGUCAACAGCUUGAUCAGCAUGCCGUGUCGUAUGAGUCACGCCAGCAUCGAUGCAAAGACGAGAAAGGAGCGGCAGAUGCCCGAAGACAUCAUCAGACUCUGCAUCGGCAUCGAGGAUGUCAACGACUUAGUUGACGACCUCUCUCGCGCACUCGUCCAAGCCGGUGCUGUGAGCAUUUCUCUGGAUGGCAUCCACGCUGUAGACCCGGCCACAUAAAGUGGAGGUACGAUUCUGAGCGACGACACCACGUCAAGCAGUGCAUUAUCUUAAGAUCCUGCGGAUGUUCCGCUCUUCGGGGUAAAAGCACACGCGGUUGUGUGACACGGCAGCAAAAUUGUGUUGCAACAAUAUCGGGAAGAUGGCAUUAUUAUCCAGGUGCUCUAAGGACUAGUAAAUUGAGGGAUUGUAACACGCUAGCCUCCAGUGCAAGCGUUUAGUUCCACCCCCUCCACCCCCCCUUCUCGUUACAUGUACAGCGGCUCGUAUCCUGGAAGACGAGUCAAUGCUCUGUGGGUGAUC